AUGGCGUCGCCGGUCGACGCGUACGGACGGCCGAUCGCGACGCCGCGAGCGUUCGAUGCCACCCCGUACGUGUGUUACGACGAGGACGGCAAUCGCGGGCGUCGGGAUACCGUGGCGUCGCUGUUCGGAUGUUUAGGUGACGUCGCGCCCGCUCGGUUGAAACUCACCAAUGGCGUGUUGCGACGAAUGAACGUCGGUCUCGAGCGCGCGUCGUGCUUUGGAAUCGGGAGCGGGAUAUGCGCGUCGACGAUGUCGACGACGAUGCCUCGAGACCUCGAGGGAGCGAUCUCGAAAGAGGAGUGGAGAGAGAUUUUUGUGGAUGGUUUAGCUGACGUGAGUGCGACGACCUUCUCGAGAGGUUCCUGCGCGCCGUCGACGACGUACAUAUGCGGAAUCAUGCUCACGGCGCUUAUAUGCUUACCAUACUUUUCUUCGCGGAGUGCGUCCAUGUGGAGAACGUACGACCAGGCGCUUAGGGAGUGGACCGAGCGAGCGAACGCUCGGUUGCGUCCGCGAGGCAUGCGAGUGAAACCGCAGAGCAACUGUUGGGUGUGGAGAAAUCCCGGGGGCGGGGGCAAACAAAGGUACAUAGAGUGUUGGAUCUCGAUCGCUUUGGACGAGGAGGAAUCCGCCGAACUCGACGCGGAGCCGCACUUAUUCGGGGACAUCGCCGAUUACUCGUGGUACGGCGGACCGCGAGAGAUUGAUUUCAUCACUCACCCCACAUUCUAA